AACUGCGAGGGAAUUUCAUACCGGUGUCACUAAUAUGCCGAAGGAAUCGAGGAGGUGUGGUUGCUGUGGAAUUGAUACACUGGAGUCUGGAAUGAAUGUCGAUCACUCAGGACAAUUGCACAGUCCCAUGGUCUGCCCGGACCAUUCCAGAUAUAAAAAACUGGAUUACCGUCCAGAAAGUCAAGAUAGAUCUCACCAGCAGCAAUUGGACUAGCUAGAUCUCAUUCAACCAGUCCUCCAAGUAUUCAAUAUCUAUUAGCCUCGGUUAUUAAUCUUCUUUCGCCGUCAACCGCCUUACCAAACCAACAUGCGUUUAUCCAUCGCCCUCCUUCCCCUCCUCUCCGCUCUCGUCUUCGCCUUCCCCGAAGCUCUUUCCGCGCGCGACCUGCUCCCCCCUCCCUAAGAACAACAAAUGUGACAUCUCCACCUCGUGCGUGUGGUACAUGCCAGCUAAUAUCCCCGAGGUCAACUACUGCGCUUGCCGUGCUGGCUACCGCGCGGGAUUCCAUGAUGUCGGACACGACCCCUUGGCUCAGUGGAGACUCCCAUGGGUGGGACAGGAGGUCCGCGUUUUCGUCAGGCCCGGGGUGAAGUGCGAUACCUUGUGUGACAACUGGGAGCUGGGUGCUCAAUGGCGCCAGGAGGUGCAGCUUUGUAUGUAGGUCUCCUGGGAUCCAUAGGAGGAACGGGUGAGGAGUGGGAACACAACAAGCAGCUGAGGUCGACAAAGAGAUAUGAAGGUGUUUGUUGAAUUGAAGCAGACAUGUGAACUCGACAUGUACCAUAUAAACCAUUAAAAGGGAAUUGUAUUAGGUACACGUAGCAAAAUGGCUCAGUGGACGAAGAUAGACAGAGAGGAGUUUGUGCAUCCUGACGGCGCAAGAUAGUAGCCAUUGUAAGAACUCCAUAAAUUAAGAGGUAUUCACCAUCAUAUCUCCCGCCUCGGCGGUAGAAAAUGUGGAUGAAG